CCCGAUGUCGUAUGGAUCAGAGUCAAAAAUACUCUGAUACUUGGUAAGAAACGUUGCUCCUGUAUCCCGGGUUGUUGCUGUGAUGGUGAAAAUGUCGUCUGCUCGAAUAUGUGCCUUGUGUCUGCAGUUGUGUUUGGUGUGGGCAUUCCUAUUCCAGAACAUCGAAGGUAAUCGCAAAGUUGUCUGCUACUACAGCAGUUCUGCCAAUGACAGGCUUGGUAUCGGCCGAUUCGAACCAGAAAAUAUCGAUCCAUAUCUGUGCACCCAUAUCAUCUAUGCAUUUGUCGAUAUGAACGGUCUGUAUCUGAAACCAUCCAGAAAUCUCGAUUCAGAAUAUUACCAGAGAACUCUUGCCUUGAAGAAGCAGAACCCUCAACUGCGAGUGCUGUUAACGGUCGGUGGAUGGAAUAUUGGUUCAAAACCUUUUCUGGAAAUGAUUCAAUCCCAAUAUACUAUGGCGCAAUGGAGCCAAAAUGUAAUCAACUAUCUCCGUAGAUAUGGUUUCGAUGGUUUAGACAUGGACUGGGAAUUCCCUGGGGCCAGAGGAAGUCUACCAAGAGAUAAACAUGCUUUCACAGUCAUGCUCAAGAUUUUGCAAGACUCUUUCAGGCGGGAAUCACAGCAAACUGGCAACGAGAAACUCAUCCUUACCCUGGCUACUGCAUCCGGAUCUUAUUAUAUCGGAAAAGCUUACGAAACUACAGAAAUUGUCAAAUAUAUUGACUACAUGCUCUUGAUGACCUACAACUAUCACGGUUUGUGGGAGAAACAAACGGGACACCAUAGCCCUCUGUACGGUUCGGCCUCAGAUCCUCCAGGUGAACAAUCACAACUGAAUCAGGUUUGGUCCAUAAAUUUUUGGCUCAGGCAGGGCAUGCCACGUGACCGUUUGAUUGUAGGUAUUGCUACGUAUGGUAUGAGUUUUACUCUAGCUAAUCCAGCAGUGAAUGGCAUACGCGCCCCAGCAGUAAGAUCAAACGUAUCUGCAGAUAGAGGAGGACGACCAGGCCCUCAAACAAACGAAGCUGGUAUACUGUCAUUCUAUGAGAUAUGUACCUACCAGAAGGGACCGAAUCCGUGGCGCCGAAUCUGGUUGAAUGAUAUGAAAGUACCCUACGCCUAUGGUGGGGACCAGUGGGUUGGUUAUGAUGAUCUUGAAAGCAUUACAUACAAGGCUAAUUAUAUUGUCAACAACAACCUGGGUGGUGCCUUUUUAUGGUCAGUCGAGAUGGAUGACUUUAACAACGUGUGCGGCUAUGGCAGAUACCCUUUGAUCAUGAAAAUCGACGAGAUUCUCAAACCAUGGCAAUGGACUCCAACUGUACGACCGACACUGGGCCCUGUCACUACUGCAAACCCUGUUACUCUUUUCCCGCCGUCCAACACCUUUGACUGCAGCUAUCGUCUAGAUGGAAUCUACUAUGUACCUCGCGACUGCAGGCUGUAUGUGCUCUGCAUGGAGGCAAAAGCAUUCGUGUUGAAAUGCCCAACAAACACACUAUUCGACAGGCAACUUAAGUUGUGCAACUACAAGGCCCUCGUCAAAAACUGCAAUUAUUAAACCAACCAAGUGAUCUUGUUUGUGUGUAUAGCGGGAGAUAAAGGCAGGUUUUCUUAACAUGUAGACUACUUCUACUUCAUUUGCACGAAGUCAUUUUUCUCAAUUUGUUAUUGUUGUAUCUAAUAGUGUGAUUGUUUAUGUUAAAUUAUGUUUUGUUUCAUAUUAGAACAUGUAGAUGAUUGUAAAUCGUUAAGAGAGCGAUGAAUGGUAAAAAAUCGAUAGAAUGCGCGACAAAAAUACUUCGGUUUUCAGUUACAUCCCUUUACGUUUUGAAUUCAAAUCUUACCAGGGUUUUAUUUUCUUCUUUCAUGCUCCCAAAGUCAACAAUCAUAAAUAUUGCACCAUUCAUAUACUGAUGUUAAUCCAUUCCUUCGGUAGGCAUAUUUCUUCGCGAGAAAUUUGUGGGCUUUAAUCUUGUUCCUCAGAAAGCACAUUUUUUUUUUUUUUGAGAACUCACUGAAAACGGAACAAUUUCGAAAAUCGACGGAUUUUUAUGCUAAUUAUUAUUAGUAUUAUUAUUAGUGAGACGGCGAGCUAGCAGAACUGUUAGCCUAGUGGCAUUUCGUCCGACUUUGUUUUGAGUUCAAAUUUCGCCGAGGUCGACUUUGCCUUUCAUCCUUUCGAAGCCGAUAAAAUAAGUACCAGUCGAGCACUGGGGAUCAAAGUAGUCGACUAGCUCUUUCCCCAUAAAUUCCAAGCCUUUUCCUUAUUAUUAUUAUCUGAGACAGUGAGCUGGCAGGAUCGUAAGCGAGUUCGAUAAAAUGCUUAGCGGCAUUUCCUCCGGCUUUUUCAUUCUGACCUCAAACGUCGCCGAGCUCAACUUUGCCUUUCGUCCUUUCCGUUUCAAUAAAAUAAAGUGCCAUCAGGUACUGGAGUCGAUGCAAUCCUCUUGUUCCUUUUCUCAAAACUGCUGACCUUGCAUCAAAAUCAGAAAAAUUAUUAGUAUAUAGUUUCGUGUAUUUAUGUUCUGUGAUCAUUCUCGCAGAAGUCGACUUUGUAGAAUUGGUUAAAGAAGUACUCGUCAAAUACGGGACUCUAUAUAAUCAAAUAUUUGCUUUCCCCAAAGCAAGAUAAACUUGUGCCUAUAUCCGAAAAGAUUUUUUAUAUGGUGGGAAGAACGUGGAAAUAUAAUAUAGAAUAAGUAAUCAAGUUAAAUAUAUAAGAAUAAUAAACAUACUUAAGAAAUAAUCCUUAUAUUCAGUAUUUGCCAUGUAUGUAUGUAUAUAUAUAUAUAUAUAUAUAUAUAUAUAUAUAUAUAUAUAUAUAUAUAUAUAAAAUCAAACACGUGUGUUUGAAAAAUUGAACAACGAAAAGGCUUACACACGAUUCGAAAACUUCAUCCCAAAAGGUUCGUAUCGUUUUAAACAGUUAACCUAUAAGAAAAUUUUUCAUCAAAUAUUGUGACUGUAUCAAGUAUUCUUUGCAUAUAUAUAUAUAUAUAUAUAUAUGCGUGUGUGUGUGAUGUUCUUAAAUUUUGUUUUUUAUGUUAUUUUUAAUUUUUUUAUAUGUGAGUUAAUCAGGUCCUAUUAAUUUGAGGACUACAUUGGGAGCUGUCAUUGUCUCUGUUUAGAAAUUUUGGGGAAAAAAAACAUACCAAAACAUAUUCUCAUUAAAUAAUCCAAUAAACAUCACUUUCAUUGGUAUCUAG